AUGACUUCCUUAGUUAAACUUUUUACAUCUUUUAGUACUGCCUUUGUUACUCGUUAUUCGCAUGGUUCGGGAUUGGAGGAGUGGGGUGAGACUACUGGAAUAUCUUUUAAUCGUGUUCCAUCAAGUUGGCGAUAUAACAGAAAAUUGGUUGAAAAUGCGGUGAAUUCGCCGAGUUUUCUUAAAGAAUUCACCGGAAUGAUGCAACAACAUUUCAGGGAAUUGGAGACGUAUUGGAAAGAAAUAGGAUUAGAUAAACCACAAGACAUUCAACUCUGGGUGAAUCAGUUUAUUUCCGAUAUGUUUUAUAUUACCACGACAGGAAAACAUGUUAAUUUUAUGGCGAAACACUUUAAUAGUCUUUCGACAAACAGAAAGAUUGACAUUUCUACAAGCGAUUCAGAAAUAAUUGCGAAAUUUGUAACUGCAGUAAAAUUGUCAUUCGAAUCAAUCUUAUUUUACACCACUGUUCCUAAGAUUCUAAGAAGAACAAUUUAUCAUAAUCUAUCUAAGAAAUACCAUACAGCUCAUGACACGAUGAAAGAGUUACUCACCGAGAUCAUUCAGAAUCGAAGAAAGAGAAUCGAUGCUACACCAAUUGGCACCCCAAUUAAAGCUGAUGUCUUAAACGCAUUGAUUAUCGCCAAUACGGAACGAGAUAUUUCUCACAAGACAAAUGAUGACUUUUCAAGACCUGCGACAGAUGAAGAAAUUCAAGCAAAUCUUUUUGAAACUAUUUUAGCAUCCGUCUCUACGGCAUCGACUACAUUCGCAUUUUUCAUCCAACACGUUGGCCGUGACAAAAAAGUCGCGAAAAAGAUUCAAGAUGAAAUCGACGCAGUCUUUCCUAGUGAUCCAAAUAGUGAAUGCUCAUAUGAAGAUUUCAAAAAACUUGAAUAUAUCGAAGCAACUCUCAAUGAAUCGAUACGUCUUCGACCUAAUGCUCCAAUCAUCUCAACGACGACAAGCGGUACAAGCACAACACCAACAAGUCCAACGGCAACAGGACCUACAGCAACUACUUAUUCAACUUUUACUCCUUCCUCCAGUGCUACAUCACCAAGCAAAGAAAUGGUUUCAACAGUAGUAGUAGUCACAACACCCACCGACAAUCCACAACUUGUCAAUGUCGAAACAUUUGCUCGCGAUAAGGACGGGCACAACGAAGACAAAAACAAUGGAAAUAUCCCAAACUACCUACCGCCUUUUUUGACUACCAUGCCUUUUUCUUUCGCCACACCUACCCUAAACACUAAUGAUUUGGUUAGUAGCAUAUUUGCAACUAAAACACCCACAACUCCCGCAACACCCACAAGUAUCAUCCCUAUUGCUACAACUUCAAUCGUUAAUAAUGGAAACCCAUACGAAAUAAAUGCCAAUAGUUCAUCUUCGACUAUUCCGGGUACGCAAACAGCUAUUGUAAUUGUUGCUGGAAGUCCUACGCCGUCACCUCUAAUAUACUCUUUAGGCCUAUCUCAGUUCAGUGAAUUGAAUAUUCAUUUGUUUUCAAUUGUAAUUUUCAUUAUUUUCAAGCUUCUCAUUUAG